AUAAUAAUAAUAAUAAUAAAAUAUCACUAAAAAAAAUUAUUCUCUCCUUCUCAAACGAAUAGAAGAUUCCUUCUUCAAAUUCUUUUCGUAGAUACAUGUUUUUCCCAAAUAUUUUUAUUUUUAUUUUAAUUAAAUGUUCAUUUCCUUUUUCUCUUCUUUAACAGCGUAAACGUCGAAGGGCGAGUUCCCGCCUCGGGAGUUCGCCAUUGGAGAGGGAGCUAGGGUUUCUCUUGCCCUUCAUCGCUCGCUAGGGUUCCGGAGAGAGGAGAUGGUGUUGUUUCCCUCGUCGUCGGUGACGGUGCGGGUGGAGAAGGCGACGAGCGACCUCCUCAUCGGGCCCGAUUGGACGCUGAACAUGGAGAUCUGCGACCUCGUCAAUUCCGGUCAAUGGCUCGCAAAAGAUGUCAUUAAAGCUGUGAAGAAGCGGCUACAGCAUAAAAACCCGAACGUUCAGUUUCUAGCUUUGACGCUAUUGGAGACAAUGGUGAAAAAUUGCAGUGAUUAUGUACAUUUUCAAGUUGUCGAACGAGGUAUUUUAGAAGAGAUGAUUAAAAUUGUCAGAAAAAAGACGGAUAUGCAAGUGAGAAAUAAAGUCUUGGAGCUUCUUGACUCUUGGCAAGAUGCAUUUGGUGGGCCUGGAGGGAAGUUUCCACAGUACUACUGGGCAUGCGCUGAACUAAAGAGAUCUGGAGUGUUGUUCCCCCAGCGUUCCCCAUAUACUGCUCCAAUAUUUGCUCCACCCCGUACACAUGCAAAACCAACAAAUAGGCAUCCUCAGGCAGGUUAUGGGAUGCCCCCUAGUUCUUCUUUAAGACUCGAUGAAGCAAUGGCAUCCGAGAUGGCAAAUUUAAGCGUAUCAGAUUUUGAUCACAUAAGGAAUGCAAUGGAUCUGUUAAACGAAAUGUUGAGAGCUGUGAAUCCAGAUGACCAUGGGGUUGUUAAAGAUGAAGUGAUUGCAGACCUUGAAAGUCAGUGUCGCUCCAAUCAAAGGAAACUCAUGAAUUUUUUAAGUUCAACCAGGGAUGAAGUGCUGCUGCGACAAGGCCUUGAAUUAAACGACAACUUACAAAGUGCUCUUGCAAAACAUGACGCAAUAGCCUCAGGCACUCCUCUGCCACCUGAAGCACCUGAUUCAUUUUUAAGGGCAGAGACUCCUUGUGCACCCACACCACCUGUUGUAAUCAAUCAGUUUGAAGAUGAAGAAGAUGAGGAUGAUGACGAUGACGAUGAUGAGUUUGCUCAGUUAGCUCGCAGAAACUCAAAAUUCAAGCCAUCAAGCACCGGAAGCACAUCUUACAUGAGCAGAGAGAGAUCUUCCUCUCAGAACUGCAAGAACUACAAUGAAAGUAGUUCUUCAAUCUCAUCCACUAUAGGGGAGAAUGCAUUGGUUCUACUUGAUUCCCCAGUACCAGUUAAGACUGCCUCCAAAGAGAAAGAUAUGAUCGACCUUCUCAGCAUCACCUUGUCAUCAGAACCUUCAACUCGAACCACACCUUUAACGCCUUCCUCUUCCUCAAACCAAAGAGAAUCACCAGCAUCGAUUUCACCCAAUAAACAAGCCCAAUCCUAUGUUCCCUAUAAUAGUUAUGUCGCCUCUUGGGCUCGGUCUCAGCCUCAGCCUCAAUACUUGGACUGUCCGCCACAACCUCAACUGCAAUUUGGUUGCACACCCCCACGGUGGGUAGCUUCUCCAGUCAACAUGAAUACCAACCCCUUUGAGUACCCUUCUACUGUCAAUGUCGCUGCUUAUGUCCCUACAUAUGCAUCUAGGGCUUUUUGGCCAUCAAAUCCAUUUGUUUAUCGAGCUAAUAGCGCCCCAGCUGCUUCUGGACAGACAACGACAAAUGUGAAUCUGAAGCAACCGGGGAGUGCUGUUGCUUCUGAACCAUAUGUUUCUUCAAAUAGAUUGUUUGACGAUCUCAUAGACCUGAGAGAUGCAGAUGAUAGUCUAAGGACAAGAGGCAUGGGUCCUACCUUUUCUGCCUCGCCCAGCCAAGGUACGUUGGAUAGAAAAUAACUAAACCCCAUUUGGCAAUUUGUAAUUAUUUCCGCAAAUUGUUCUUGCAGACUGUUUUGAUUGUGCUAUUGUAUAUUCUCUGGAGUUCUCUCUUAUUUCUUGUUUGAAUUAUGUCAUUACUGCUGCUCGUGCAUUUGCAGGCCAUAUUUAAAUCUUUCCGUAAA